AUGUCCACCGAUUCAAAGUCAAAAUGGGAUCAGCCAGCUGCAGAAAGAUCUAAGGAAAAGCCGUCACCGCCCCCGGAAGGCACCUCCAAGAAAUUAGACCCAGCCUCAGAGGCAGCCGCACAGGCAGCUGCAAUUGCGGCCAAAAUCGCUGCCCAAUUUGCUGCAGGGGGCAUGGACGGAGGAAACCCAGAGCACCAAUUUGUGAAGGAUAUUGAUAUCAACGAUGUUAGGAAUAGGUACAUGUUGACCAAGGGCACCACCCAGCAACAGAUUAAAGAGGAAUCUGGAGGGGCUGUGGUGAGCACGAAAGGCGUGUGGUAUCCUGACAGAAGCAAGGCCACCGACAAAGACCCUCCCCUGUAUCUCCAUGUUACCGCCUCAACAGCAGAAGUCUUGCGGAAAGCCGUCGACAAGAUUAACGAACUGAUGACAAUAGAUUUGGGAUCUCUGGUCGUCGAAGAUAAGAGAAGGGAGAAGCGGAAAUGGCCUGAAGACAAACUGCCAAUAGGUCUCGAGUCGAUCCGAAACUUCAACGUGAGAGCCAAAGUAGUUGGGCCAAGUGGCUCGUUCGUGAAAUACAUUCAACAAGAAACCGGGGCUCGUGUUCAGAUCAAGGGCGCUGGUUCUGGAUUUAUUGAUCAAGAGACAGGCAGAGAAGGCGAAGAACCGUUGUACAUUCAUAUAACAGGGCCAGACGAGGGCCAGGUUCGCCGCGCUAAAGUUCUAGCUGAAGAUCUCGUGCUCGUUGUCCAAUCCGAACAUGCCAAGCAACUUGCUCGCAUCCAGCAGGAGCAAGCCGAGUUGCACUCUGUACAGAUGCAAUAUGCCGCAUACAGCAUGGGAUAUCCUGGUGUUGCAGCGCAGGUGCCAGGUGCUUCCCCAGGAGGUGCGCCCCCGCCCCCGACCGACCAGCCUCCUCCACCCCCAAGUGGUGGUCCCACCCAACCUCAACUUGAGGGUGCACCGGCCGCUCCUGGUGCAGACCAGGACCCGACUGCUUCACACACUGCUUACUGGGCUGCGUACGGAUACGACGUCAAUUCGCCUCAGUUCAAGGAGUGGAUGGCCCAGCAGUACCAACAAUAUUACUCCCAAGCAUCGGCGGCUUCAGGUUCAUCGUCGUCGGCACCAGCUCCACCAUCAACAGGGCCUCCUCCACCCCCGACCCAGGCGCCUCCCCCUCCAGGACCCCCGCCUUUAUAACGGAUGUCGCCUCGCACGAACACUUCAGAUUAAUCGUGCCGUCUAUCUAGCAUCCAUUAUAUAUACUUAUGGUGACGGAGUAGGUCA